AUGGCACCAAGACCUGGUUCCCCGUCAGAACGCACCCUCCCACCAAAGACUCCUCCAUCUUCGCCGGUGGCAGGGCCCUCUUGCCCUCCUCCCAGUCCUUUUGAGGGAGCGCCCCAGGAAUCGACACCACUUCUAGAUGGAGCCCAGGACCCUUCUAUUCCCCCUUCUACUGCCCCUUCUGUUGUCUCGUCUGCCAGCCCUGAAGUUAUCAUCUUCCAGCCAAGCGUCUUCGUCAUCGUCCUCAUGCUAGUUGUGCACUACUUGGUUGUGGGAGUCUUAGUCUAUAUCGCCUACCGUUUCCUUGGUGGCUUCAACCCUACCUCAAAAAAUCCUCCUGGAGAUUCUGGUCCAGCUGAGGUUCAAGAUAAAGCCAGUCAGUACUCAACCUAA